AUGUGUUCUUCCAAGAUUUUAAUUGUUGCUGCUGCACUUGCUAUUGCCGUUAUGGCUCAACAAGAUGGAAUGCAAAGAAGUCAACAAAGUUAUGGAGGAGAGGGAGGUUUUGGUGGAAACCAAGGUGGAUUCGGUGGACAAGGAGGAAACCAGGGAGCUUUCGGGGGAAAUGGAGGCGGUUUUGGAGGACAGGACGGUCGUGGAGGUCAAGGUGUUCCACCACUUCCAUUCUUGAAGAAUGUCUCAGAGCAGGCUCGUAGAGAAUAUAUGGCUAUUGUCACUAAUUCAACUCUCACCAUUUCUGAAAUCGAGGAGCAGUCUACCACUUGGGCUGAGACAAAUGGAGUUUCGGAGCAAUACAGCGAGUUCACUGCUAACGUCACCGCCAAGCUCGAGGAGCUGAAGCAAAAUGUGACCAGUGUGCUCACAAAUUUGUCAUCAGUUCUCAACUCAUUAGAGACUAUUCUUGAGAACGAAGAUCAGACAGUUGCAGCUCAAAAGCAAGCCAUUGAAGAGCUCAGACAAGAGAAUCCAGAGGAAGUUGAUGCAUUGUUCUUUAUUGCCCAAGAAGUUGCUCCAAAGCCAGGCCGUGGUGGGAACCACGGAGGACAAAAUGGAGGAUUCACUGGUCAACAGAGAUUUUCCGAUUACUCUACAACAACAGUUUGA